AUGAAAGAAACAACAACCCGAUUAAAGACUAAUUCAUCUUCUUCAUCUCCAAAUCCAGCUGCUAAUUCAACAGCAAAUGCAUUCAAGUUUUGGGCAUGCUUCACAUUUGGUAUAUCUCUUUUCACUCUUAUAAUACUUACUCUCUCUGCUUUAACUCCACAAGAUGAUGAAUCCUGGUUUUCAAGCUUACCCACUGAUCUUAAGCAUCAUUAUUCAAAAGGUAGAAUGAUUAAAGUACAAAAAAGCCCAUAUAAUGCAUUUCCAUUUCAAGUGUUUGCAACAGAAAAUGACAGUCCAAGAAAUGAAGGAGAACAAUCUGUAUUGUUAAUUCAUGGGUUCUGCGCUAAUUCUUAUUCGUUUCGUAAUGUCAUUAAAUCACUGGGUUUGAAUGAGAUUCAUGCUGUUGGAAUCGAUUUACCAGGUUCUGGGUUCUCUGAUAAAUCUGAAUUUGUAGUAGAAUAUGAGAGAUUUUGUGGGAUUUCCGGUUGGUUUUAUGAUAUUUAUAGUGAUUUAAGAAAAAGGGGUUGGUUUGAUCAGCUGGUUGGAAUUCCCAGUUAUGAGGAUGAAACAGGAACUCAAACUAGUAGGACUCUGACUAAGAUUCUUAAGCCAAUGGAUUUAGAUUCUGAAGAUGUAGGUACAAUCAUUGGACAAGUUAUUGAUUCAUUAGAUCUUUCUUCUCCUGUUCAUAUAGUCUUACAUGAUUUCGCUCUGGUGAUGUGUGGUAGUUGGAUAUCGUGGAAUUUAGAACUGGUCAGAAGUAUAACAUUGAUUGAUUCUACUCCGGCAUCUACAGCUUUGCCGAUACGGAUGUUAGAAAUGUCGGUUGUCAGAGACGUAGUGUUGGGAUUUUCGUCAGCGUAUCAGGGAUUGCUUAGAAAUUGUUGUUCUAGAUCAGUUAACAAGACGGUUGCGGAGGCUCACAGGGUGCUCUUGACAGGUAGGGAUGAUAGAAGAGGUGCUCUCUUGGAGUUGAGAAAGGUAGAGAAGGUCUGGAUGGCCCAGCAUUGGUGGCUUUGA